GCGUUAAAUAUCUGAAAUGAGUGGUCGGCGUGAAGAAUGGAGUUUCGGAAGCUGUCCUGUUCUUGCUCAGAACAUAGCUCAAUGCCUGCAAAGCAUCAAAAGUGCAGUAAACGACGGAAAUUCGAUACAGGUGAAAGAUACGAUGAAAGUUCUACUGGAUGGAUGUCAAGAUGAAAAUGCAUUCGUCAGUGACUGUUGUUGUAGUGGAUUAGUUCAGCUUGUGAAGACAGGUUACUUGGAGACUGAAAAUGCGAUCACUUCAUUGUUGAACAUAACGCCUUCGUCUCAUCAUUACGUAUUCUGUGUGAGAGCAGUCAUGGAUCUGCUUGUUCUCCAUGUUGGCAACACAGUUUGUCACACAGGAAUGUAUUUGGGUUCAUAUGGUACAAGGUCUAAUUUGCAUCCUCUUACCUCUCUCGUUCGCUGUCAAGUGGAUAUGUGGAGAAUAGUGCUGAUGGAAAUUGAGAGCAUGUUUCACACUGUUGAACCGAGAUUAUGCUCCUUUCUGGUUGACAUGUUGCAGCCUUACUUGAAACAUCAACUUUUGGACACAAGUGCUACUUCGGCAUCUUUGAAUGCAAGAACUAGUCUGUAUGCAUCUCUACUUCGUGUUGCUGAUAUGUUUAUAUGGAGAAGCAAAGGAGAAACUAAUGAACAUGAGAGAGCUUAUCUUUUUGAUUCUGCCGUGAAAUUAUCUGUUUGUCUUGUCAAGAGCCUUUCAUUCUUACAGACAAAAACAAUGCCACAACUGACUGAAGCAAUCUUGAAUUUUCAGCUGGUAGCUAAUUGGUUUUUAACCAACUCUUUGGCAGACGAAAGGGAUGAAAUAUUAAACAAUCUAUUACUGGCUGUUAUCAACUUGAGCUGUGAAGUUCAGGCUGGAGGGCUAAGUGUGCUACCACUCAUUCAAAUAGCACACAGAAUUACAAGACACGGCAGAAAUUGCGAUUGGGAUGUCUGUCUGUGUGGCACUGUCUAUCUACUUUUGAACACGGCACCAACAGAUCGACUACAUUUGCUGUACUUAUGCAAAACUUUGAUUCAACUCUUGAUUGUGACAAACUGCCGUUCUGAUUUACGAUGUAUUUUAGCAAUUGUUGUCUAUCCCAUGCUACAGAUUGUAGUGUGUGAUAGUAGUUAUAGUGUCACCAUUAUGGGUCAACAGGCUACUGGUGCAUGUCAGUCGUUGGCUGAUGAAGUUCUCUGUGCAUUGGAGAAUUGUCUUAGUGUUGAACCACAUGAAACGACUGUCGAGUGUCGAGACAGAAGGCUGGUACCUGGGGCAACACUUAGAAUUUUGACCAGUUGUUGCUUUCUUACUCAAACACUCUUAACGAGUGAAGACAAAGCAAUGCAAUGGAUUGGGUUAUUGAACACUAAUGACUCUGAUGGUAUGAUGUCCUCUGACUUCUUCACACUCGUUGUGGCUUCUCUUGUGGUGGCUGGUAAUGAGACUGUGAGAGCAGCUACACUUCCUGUUGUUGCAGAAAUAGCAGAAAGAGAACCACAGCAAGCAUUGUAUUUGCUGAAUUUGAUCUUGUAUCAACUAAAAUUGGAGAACAGCAACAAGAUGAAGUUUCGAUUCAUCUCUUAUAUUCCUUUGUUAGCUACACACAAGUUUUGUAUUCCAGCUGUUAUGAAGAUUUUGCAAACCUUUGCUAGGAAUCAGGAAAUGCAACCGGUUGCUGUUCGUCUCAUGUGCAAGCUAUGGGAGAAGCAAGAUCGUGUAUAUCCUUACCUAUUGCGGGUAGUCUCAGCCAGCUCAGUUGGACAAUCUUACAGUCAGCUGGAUUUGAAGAUUGCUCAAGCUGCUUGUAUCCAGGACAUUUGUCGUUUGAGAGCUAGUCAGCACGGAUCUGAUCUUCUUGGUCUAAUGUCAAAAAUUCUUAAUGACGUAACUGGCAAUUCCUCGAUGUCACCAGAACCGGCUGCUUUAUCUCUUGAGGCGCUUAAGUUUCUUUGUGAAGAGGAGGUGCUGGAUUUGAUGUCUGCAUGGUCACUGUUGGCUGGCAAGUUAAAGGAUGAUGAACGACCAUUAAUUCUAGUUCAGUUAUGUUCUUUAGUUGGACUUGUCCCUCAGCAGUGUGACAGCAGUGAGAACGAUGAAUUUAAAAAUGAUGCAAUUAGAUCUUUAUGGGAGUGGUCACAACAUGCGAAUCCAUUAGUUUCUAAGUCUGCAUAUCAGUCACUGUCUCACUUUAGGUUGGAUGACCUUAAGUUUAAUCAGCUGCCAUUGCAGAUUCAGCAAAUUGUACUACAAAGAGUCAGCAAGACUUUGGCGGCUCAGCUUGUACAAGAAACUUCACAAACUGAUGACAGUUCUAUCAUUCCUGGAGCUGCCAUGAUCUACUUGCUCGAGAACGUGGAAUCCAAUGAAAUCAGUGGAUUGGCAGAGUUUCUUACUGCCAUGUUAAGUUCGGAGUUGGACGGUUUGCCACGUGGUGUUGCUCGGUCUGCUCAACAUUCUGCUGUCAUGUCUGGCCCAUUAAGGGUUCUUGCUGGGCUUCCUUCACAUCUUGAACAACUUUAUGAAAAACCUUUAAGACCGGGGAUGUCCAAACACAUGGCAGCCGGGUUGUUGCUGUGUUCUUCUAUCCUCAUUGAGCUUGAGUUUAAAGCCUCUCAUAAGAUGAACACAGCAGAAUGGCGGAAACUUGCUCGAAAGUGUACACGCUACAUGACCAAUUUUAUUUAUGAGAUAUCAAUUUUACCAUCUAACUGGUUGAAGCUGCCACUUGUUGUCAAGGCAUGGAUGCUGUUUAUGGAAGUGACAGUCAAAGUAUUGUUGGAAGGACGCUGUACAGAAAUUUCUGAAUUUUCUUCCGAUACCCCUGACAUGCCAGCAGAACAUGGUGUUUAUGAAGCAUUGCUGUGGGUUCAAGAUCAGAUUGUAGAGCAGCUACAACCCCUUUCUAGAGGAACACCGGGUGUGCAGUCGAACUCAUUGUAUGCUCUUUGCGGACUCGCUUGUUCACUAUUUGGCUCCUCAUUUGAGGAUCGGCUGCGAUCAUCUCCACUCAACGUUUCUUCACCUUCAGGAAAGUCAAUUUUGUCAUGGCUUGGUGUUUUAGCAGACACAUUUUUGGUGAUCCUUGACUCAAAUUAUGAGCCACAAGAUGGUAUUCUAGACUUUUGUGGAGUGAAAGCUGGAAAGCCAGUAUCAGCUAUGGCUCGUGUAGCAGCAGUUCUAUGCUUGGCUGAAUUAUCUUCUUGGUUGUUUGUACAUUACUUUCCAAAGUUUCAGUUUAUUGUGGGAGUGCUGAUGGGGUUGGCAUCUAGAAGGACACAGAGUGAGCCGAAUGUAGUUUCUGACAAGAAACAAAUGUCUCCUGUAAGAAGCAGCUGCUGUUUUGCACUUGGUGUAAUGUUGGAUCGUCUAACAAGUGGAGAGAGUGAAGGAGAGAUUAACUGGCUGCUAAAAGACAUUGUAAAAGUAGUUCAACCAAGCGCAUUUGAGAAUCGCAACUGUGGAUUGAUCUUGACUGCUGGUGUGUUGGUGAAAGUGAUAUCACGGCUAGGCAUGAGUGAGUUGCAGAAUGCCAGACGUCUUUGGUCAGAUCUUAGACAAACAGUAGUCAAUGCAAAAUCAGAAGAAAUGGCACCUGAAUUUUGUGAAUGUUGUUGCCUUGCAUUUUCAUCUUCUUCAUUGCAUCUGUUUGAAAUGAACUUGCUGACUGAUGAUGAAGUUAUGGUAUCAGUAAAUAUCAUUAGAGAAUUAAAUCAACACCAUUCCAAAGUGCCGGGAAUUUGUGCCAGCCUGGGUGGAUUGGUAUAUGGAGCUGCUAGUUAUGGGUUGUCUGAUGCUGAGGAAAUUGGGAAGCAAUUGCUUGAAGAGUGGCUUUCAUCUAUAACUUCUGAUGCUGAGUCGGGUUUUCUGCUACCUCAAGUGUGGGGUUUAGUUGGUUUGUUUGGAUGUUUGAUGCAUAUACCGAGAGAAAAAUCAUUUUCUGGCAGAGUCUUUUUGGAUAGUGGACUGUUGAAAUUUUUAAACUAUUUAAAGAAAAUGGCUUCUUUAAAAUCAGAGUUAUGUGCCCAUGCUGCUUGGUUUAUUGGUUUGGUGGCAUCAACUGUGAGGCAACAUGAUAGUUUUGUGGUUCCUAUUGGCUACGAUUACUUGCCUGAAACUAGUAUUCUCAGAUCACUUUUUGAUUGGCUUCGCAUGACAUGUCACACAGCAUCCGCUGUGGUUGGACUGGACAAUCAUCUGAAUGCUGUAAUAUCAGCUCUCACCACUGUUCCAAAGGGAAAGUUUCCUCCUGCUGACUGGAAUUCAGUUCUAACAGCUCUAGUUCACUGUCACGGAGACUUCACAACAGAAAUUUGUUUGAAGUUUGCAUCAGUUCAUGUGUGUACGGGCAAUGUGAUGUCAUUUGUGAAGACGCAGAUGUCACAACAGAGAUUCAAUAACUUGUCGCUGUCUUGUAAAAAGCUUGCUCUCUCAUGCUUUCCUGGAUGUGCACUCAUUGUACCACAUAAGCAACUUGAUAUGAUGAUUAAUGAGAUCGUAGUGCCAUUGUUUAAGGCUGACUAUCAAGACAAGCUUGAUUUAUGUCGAGAAGCAUUUGCUGCUUUACUCAUUGUGUUAAGGAACAACAAAAUGUUGUCUGCUCAAGCACAAGAUGUCGUGUUCAGUGCUGUUUUAUGUAUCGUUAGUGAGUGGCUGUCUUGGUCAGAAACACUGGCUCUACAAUGCAUAGAAAUCAUGUCUGAUUGUCUGGCACAACUUCAAGCAGAACGACUUCGCCACAUAUUGACAAGUAUGUUAGCAGACUUUCAGGAGGACAGCAAGCAGGUAAUAAUGCAUUCUGUCACUGCUGUAAUUGUUGAGCGCCAUCAUUUGUCACUGUCUUGGCUUGAACUGCCGAUAACGUAUCUUCUCUCAAGGGCAUCUGUUAGUAGUAACGGCUUCAAGAUGGUUUUGAAUCAUGUCUUAGACGCAUUGUCAAGGCAGGGUCGCAUUUUGGUAGCUGCUGGGCAGCAUGCGGAUAUUGUUGUGUGGUCACUUGAACUGAUGGGAUAUGUUCGCUCAUUUUCACAAGGCCAAAAACUUAAUAGUCAGACGAUGAAGGUUGUACUGCUACUACUGUGUCAUAUUUGGAGUGUUAGCAGCAGCCUUGAAGUUGGAAAUCAUCUAGUUUGUCAAGAUACGGUAAAUAAUCUUGAUCUCUCCUUGCUACCGUCCGUUUUCUCGGCUCUCACUACUGUCAGACAUUGGGAUGCAUCUUUAGAAAAGUUGGCUUCAUGGCUGCGCUGGGCAACUGAUGCUUGUUCUGAUAUGUUGCUAUUAUCAUCAGUGUUGGAAGCUUGUUUUCGGGAACUGAGGCAUUGUACUCUUUACCGUCAAGUACUUCCUGCUGUUGAUCUCCUCUCGUAAAUGUACCAGUCAAUUUUAGCAAGAAGUAAAUUAAUUAAUUAAUUAAUUACUACACGCUAUUGUGAAUGUUGUAGUUUUUGUUGGGGUUUGACUUCCAUUGUAUACAAGAGGGUGAAGUGUUCAGUUGUAAAGGCCUGUUGCUUCGUAAGUAGUUGGACAAUGUAAUUCACAAGGUGUCGGUUGUCGAUUACUUUAUCUUUCAUUUUUGUACUAAAUAAAUAACUAGAUGAGGCAUAAAAACGAACU